UCUGUUAGCAAACCCGGUCCAUCUGCAAAGCGCGGCAGGGGCAGAGUGGGAGAGAGAGAGAGGGAGAGAGAGAUGGGCGAGGCGUCGGAGGACGAUUUGCUUCUCAAGAGCUUCUUGGCGGAAGUCAGCGAGGUCGAGAGAGAUAACGAGGUUGCCAGGAUACUCUCGUGCUUCAAAUUGAAUGCAUUUGAACAUCUUAACCUGCCAUUUGAUUCAUCUAUUGAUGAUGUAAAGAAGCAAUACCGUAAGCUAUCUUUGCUGGUCCAUCCCGAUAAGUGUAAGCAUCCACAAGCAAAGGAGGCAUUUGGAGCAUUGGCGAAGGCUCAACAACUAUUGCUUGAUCCACAAGAAAGAGAAUACCUGCUUAACCAAGUUACUGCUGCAAAAGAGGAACUUCGAGCACAGCGGAAAAAGCAAUUGAAAAAGGACACUGCUUCUAAGAUAAAAUCACUUGUUGACGAGGGGAAGUAUGAACAGCAGUAUGAGCGUUCAGAAGAGUUUCAGCAAUUAUUAAAGCAGAAAGUUCGAGAAAUAUUAACGGAAAAAGAGUGGAGGCGAAGGAAAAUGCAGAUGAGGAUCUCAGAAGAAGAAGGAAGAUUAAAAAAGGAUGAGGAAGAAACAAAGGAGAUGUGGAAAAGGAAGCGUGAGCAUGAAGAACAAUGGGAAGGAACACGAGAAGAGCGGGUUUCUAGCUGGAGAGAUUUCAUGAAGACGGGGAAGAAAGGAAAGAAGGGUGAAAUAAGACCUCCAAAACUGAAAACAGAAGACCCCAACAAGUCCUAUGUUCAAAGGCCGGUUAAGAGAGGGUGAAGUUAGCAUUAAGCUUCUCCAAUUGUAGCUGAAGAUGCAUGUGCUGUUGAAUGCUACAUGUUAACCUCAUGCCCAUGUAUAAAUUUUCACAGAUGAAUAUACUAUUUGUCUACAUAUAAGGAAAGUCCCGUGCAUGUUUUACCCAAUUUCACUUAAAUGGAUAAAGAACUGGGAUUGGUAUCACUA